AAUUUCUCCAUAGCUAAAUAGUUUGAAUCAAUGGGAAGAUCACCGUGUUGUGAAAAAGCACAUACAAAUAAAGGAGCUUGGACUAAAGAAGAAGAUGAACGACUUAUUUCUUAUAUUAAAACUCACGGCGAAGGUUGCUGGAGAUCCCUUCCUAAAGCUGCCGGACUUCUCCGAUGCGGUAAAAGUUGCCGUCUCCGAUGGAUUAAUUACUUGAGACCUGACCUUAAACGCGGUAAUUUUACUGAAGAAGAAGAUGAACUCAUUAUCAAACUCCAUAGCCUCCUUGGUAACAAAUGGUCACUUAUAGCCGGAAGAUUACCAGGAAGAACAGAUAAUGAGAUAAAAAAUUACUGGAAUACGCACAUAAGAAGGAAGCUUUUGAGUCGGGGCAUUGAUCCAACGACACACAGGCCUGUUAACGAGCCUGGUACAACGCAAAAAGUCACAACAAUUUCAUUUGCAGGUGGAGAUCAUAAAAUAAAGGAUGUUGAAGAAGAUCAUAAUAAGAUGAUAAAUGUCAAAGCUGAAUCUGGGUUAAGUCAAUUAGAAGAUGAAAUUAUUAGUAGCAGUCCAUUUCGAGAACAGUGUCCUGAUUUAAAUCUUGAGCUCAGAAUUAGCCCUCCUUCUCUACAAAAUUACCAACAUAGCCCCUCAAGGUGUUUUGCAUGCAGUUUGGGUAUACAAAAUAGUAAAGAUUGCAAUUGCAGUAAAAAUAAUAUUGCAAGUUAUAACUUUUUAGGAUUAAAGAGUAAUGGUGUUUUGGACUAUAGAACUUUGGAAACUAAGUGAAUUUUUAUUAUAAAUCUUUUUUUCCCUCGUGUAUUUGGGUUAAAAAAAGAAGAAGAGAGAAUUGAGAAGAUAUCCCUAUUAGUUUAAGUUCUUUCGAAUUUUCUCUUAUUUGUAAAAUUUAAAGUAUUACUAUAUACGAUAUAUCAUAUUAAGUUGAAAAGAGUGUUACAGUGUACCUUAUGUCA